CUUGUAAAACAUAUGUGCCAACCACACGUCUCGUAUUCUCAUGGUCAAUUGGUCGUCUGAGAAGAGCUCAACCUUUUUCCAUAACGAGGGAUACAACAAUGGUCUUGAAAACAGCAGGAUGUCUGUUGGUGGCUUUUCUCUGUUCUGUGAAAGGUGUUCAUGGUAGAAACUGUUUAAAUGAAACUUGUGCCCAUCAGAGAAUCUGUGCCUUGAAGGGCUCAACAGUGGAUUUGCCAUGCAAAUAUAGACAUCUAAAUAAUAAUACAGUGUCAGACUCAAACUGGUAUAUCCAAGGAGAACGUGAUGAGGCGCCAACAAACCUGAGUUCAUUGCCAGAGUAUUCAGGUCGUGUGAAGUACCUUGGAAAUAAUGUGAGUGACUGUACCCUGAGAAUCACAGACCUGAGAGAGACUGACUCAGCUGAGUACAAGUUCAGAUUUAAAACACAGAACGGAGAGUGGAGGUACAGCUUCCCUGGAACAAAUCUGACUGUCACAGACCUGCAGGUGAGGGUGACUCCUGGCACAGGGGGAAAAACUCUGACCUGUUCCACCAGCUGUAAUCUGACUGACAACUCCAACCUCACCUACGUCUGGUACAAGAACGGACAACGUCUUGAUGAACCCGUUUCCCGUCAACACUCUGUUAAGGAAUAUUACACAGACAGUUACUCCUGUUCUUUACUGAAUCUCCGCUCUGCUGUGGCGUGUGUUGUGGGUCAGAGCUGCAUGAAUGUCAUUUACACCCAUCAAAGUGUCUGUGCCUUGAAGGGCUCCACAGUGAACAUCUCCUGCACGUUCAGUCAUCUGAAGAAGCUUAAUGCCACAGAAGAAACCUGGUUCAACAAAUGGGACUCUGGAGUAAUUAAAGACUUGAUCCAGGACCCAGAGUAUGCAGGUCGGGUGGAUUACCAUCGAACUACAGACAAGGACUCCACCCUGACUGUUACAGACCUGAGAGAGAGUGACUCUGCUGAGUACAAGUUCAGAUUUACAGCAAACAAAGUAACAUGGGGCUACAGCUUCCCUGGGACAACUCUGACUGUUACUGACAUCCAGGUAAAGGGGACUCCUGCUACAGAGGAAGGGAAGGUCAAUCUGACCUGUAUCACAUCCUGUCCUCUGACUGACAACUCCAACACCACCUACAUCUGGUACAAGAACGGACAACAUCUCACCCACCAAAAGACCAUGACUAGUUACCUGAUCCUAGACCCUGACAGCAUGGAGGAUAGAGGCAGAUACUCCUGUGGUGUCAAAGGCCUUAUGAAUGUCCACUCUCCUAAAUUCUCUGUAGGGGAACAAUCAGUUAGAAUUGGUACCAUUGUAGGAAUCACAGUAGUUGUUGUGAUUCUAAUUCUCCUUCUCUCUGGAUUCAUUUGGUUUAGGAAGAAGGCCUCCAAAUCCACCUCUGACAGGCGAGACAAAGUAGUGAUUAGACAGAGGGUCCAUGUUGAUACUGACAGUGACACAUACACAACUCUGAACAUGAGGACCAUGUCCCCUGACUACGACACGCUGGAUUAUGUGAGAGACUCCCACAAUGACAAAGACACUCAGUAAAACUCUGAGCCUUCUGUUUAUGACAACAAUACAGACUUAAGGGAUAAACC